ACGUCACGAGCUGACGCUGGGGACGUCCCUGUCGGGCUCCGGACUCCUGCAGCCGCUCUUCCCGUUCCGUGGCUUGGGGCUGGCGCGGUGCGAAAGCCACGGCCGCCGUGUCAGAGUCCUAGUACGCCCGCGGCUCGGAAUCGGGCUGGAGGAGGAGGAGGAAGGAGAGUGUGGUGUUUGAAAGCCAUCCUGCUUUCCUCCAGGCUUGGAGCAUGGAUCCAGUUAGAGUGUUUUCCGAGAGAAGUGAGGUUGGAGCUUUUUAUUUUUAAUUUUGGGCACAAGCAGGUACUCCAAGGCCCUCCCAAGCAAGAGGGUUUAACUUAAUGCUGUUCCCGUGUUUGAAGGAAGACAAAAAAAAAAAAAAAGCCCCACCUGGCAACAUUUAUGUAACCUCUGGUAGAAAACACCAGGUGCAUUUACAUCGGGGUAGUUUUCGUUGUGUGUCUGGCGUUUUUCAGGGGAAGCUGCGAGCGUAGCUAGGUUUUAGGUUUAAAACAGAUGCAGAAUCCAAAGGCAGCGCAAAAACCAGCCACCGCUUUUGCUAUGCCUCUGAGCUGCGAGAUAAUCAGAAAGAUAAAUGGAGUCUGAGCAGCUGUUCCAUAGAGGAUACUAUAGAAACAGCUACAACAGUAUAACAAGUGCAAGUAGUGAUGAGGAACUUUUAGAUGGAGCAGGUGUUAUUAUGGACUUUCAGACUUCUGAAGAUGACAAUUUGUUAGAUGGUGAUACAGUGGUUGGAACUCAUUAUACAAUGACAAAUGGAGGCAGCAUUAACAGUUCUACACAUCUACUGGAUCUUUUGGAUGAACCAAUUCCAGGUGUUGGUACAUAUGAUGACUUCCAUACUAUUGAUUGGGUACGAGAAAAAUGUAAAGACAGAGAAAGGCAUAGACGUAUCAACAGCAAAAAGAAAGAAUCAGCAUGGGAAAUGACAAAGAGCUUAUAUGAUGCGUGGUCGGGAUGGCUAGUAGUAACACUAACGGGAUUGGCAUCAGGGGCCUUGGCUGGAUUAAUAGAUAUUGCUGCUGACUGGAUGACUGACUUGAAGGAGGGCAUUUGCCUUAGUGCAUUAUGGUACAACCAUGAACAGUGUUGCUGGGGGUCUAAUGAAACAACAUUUGAAGAGAGAGAUAAAUGUCCACAGUGGAAAACCUGGGCAGAAUUAAUCAUAGGCCAAGCAGAGGGUCCUGGUUCUUACAUCAUGAACUACAUAAUGUACAUCUUCUGGGCCUUGAGUUUUGCCUUUCUUGCAGUUUCCCUGGUAAAAGUAUUUGCUCCAUAUGCCUGUGGCUCUGGGAUUCCAGAGAUUAAAACCAUUUUGAGUGGAUUCAUCAUCAGAGGUUACUUGGGAAAAUGGACUUUGAUGAUUAAAACCAUCACUUUAGUAUUGGCUGUGGCAUCAGGUUUGAGUUUAGGAAAAGAAGGUCCCCUGGUCCAUGUUGCCUGUUGCUGCGGAAAUAUUUUUUCCUACCUCUUCCCAAAGUAUAGCACAAAUGAAGCUAAAAAAAGGGAGGUACUAUCAGCUGCCUCUGCUGCAGGGGUUUCUGUAGCGUUUGGAGCACCAAUUGGAGGAGUUCUUUUUAGUCUGGAGGAGGUUAGCUAUUAUUUUCCUCUCAAAACUUUAUGGAGAUCAUUUUUUGCUGCUUUAGUGGCUGCAUUUGUUUUGAGAUCGAUCAAUCCAUUUGGUAACAGUCGUCUGGUCCUUUUUUAUGUGGAGUAUCACACACCAUGGUACCUUUUUGAACUGUUUCCUUUUAUUCUCCUAGGGGUAUUUGGAGGGCUUUGGGGAGCCUUUUUCAUUAGGGCAAAUAUUGCCUGGUGUCGUCGACGUAAAUCCACGAAAUUUGGAAAGUAUCCUGUUCUUGAGGUCAUUAUUGUUGCAGCCAUUACAGCUGUGAUCGCCUUCCCUAAUCCAUACACUAGGCUCAACACCAGUGAACUGAUUAAAGAGCUUUUUACAGACUGUGGCCCCCUGGAAUCGUCUUCUCUUUGUGACUACAGAAACGACAUGAAUGCCAGUAAAAUUGUUGAUGAUAUUCCUGAUCGUCCAGCGGGCAUUGGAGUAUAUUCAGCUAUAUGGCAGUUGUGCUUAGCACUCAUAUUUAAAAUCAUAAUGACAGUAUUCACUUUUGGGAUUAAGGUUCCAUCAGGCCUGUUCAUCCCCAGCAUGGCCAUUGGCGCAAUUGCUGGGAGGAUUGUGGGGAUUGCAGUGGAGCAGCUUGCCUACUAUCACCACGAUUGGUUUAUAUUUAAGGAGUGGUGUGAAGUCGGGGCUGAUUGCAUUACACCUGGCCUGUAUGCCAUGGUUGGGGCUGCUGCAUGCUUAGGUGGUGUGACAAGGAUGACUGUGUCCCUCGUGGUUAUUGUUUUUGAGCUUACUGGGGGCUUGGAAUAUAUUGUUCCACUCAUGGCUGCAGUCAUGACAAGUAAAUGGGUUGGAGAUGCCUUUGGUAGGGAAGGCAUUUAUGAAGCUCACAUCCGAUUAAAUGGAUACCCUUUCCUGGAUGCAAAGGAAGAAUUCACUCAUACUACCCUUGCUGCUGAUGUCAUGAGACCUCGACGGAAUGACCCACCCUUGGCAGUUCUGACACAGGACAAUAUGACCGUGGAUGACAUAGAAAACAUGAUCAAUGAAACCAGCUACAAUGGCUUUCCUGUGAUAAUGUCAAAGGAGUCUCAGAGAUUAGUGGGAUUUGCUCUCAGAAGAGAUCUGACGAUUGCAAUUGAAAGUGCUAGAAAAAAACAAGAAGGCAUUGUAGGUAGCUCUCGAGUGUGCUUUGCACAGCACACCCCAUCUCUUCCAGCUGAAAGUCCUCGGCCCCUCAAACUUCGAAGCAUUCUUGACAUGAGCCCUUUCACAGUGACAGACCACACCCCAAUGGAGAUUGUGGUGGAUAUCUUCCGAAAGCUGGGUCUGAGGCAGUGCCUUGUAACUCACAAUGGGAUUGUCUUGGGGAUCAUCACAAAGAAGAACAUAUUAGAGCAUCUCGAGCAACUAAAGCAGCACGUGGAGCCCUUGGCGCCUCCUUGGCAUUAUAACAAAAAAAGAUAUCCUCCGUCAUAUGGCCCAGACGGCAAACCAAGACCCCGCUUCAAUAAUGUUCAACUGAAUCCCAUAGAUGAGGAGAGAGAGGAAACAGAAGAGGAAGUUCAUCUGUUGAAUAGCACAACUGUUUAACCGGAGGACUCGUCUACUUUUUUUUUCCUUCUUUACAAAAGAAAAGGAAAUAUAAAAACCAGGCUUUUGCAACAUGGUUUGCAAAGGUGCUGGUUGAAUGGAGGAGUUGUUUGGGGAGGGAAAGGAAAGAGCUCUAUCUCUAAGUGACAGCAGCGAUCGACUCCUAUUGUUCUGCACUGGAUGCAUUCACCUGAGAUUGUGCCAUGAUAGUGCAGGCUUGAACCACGAUGGAGAUGGCACCCUGAUACUGGAGUCCUGGAGCACCUGGCCUGUGCUUCCACCAUUGCAAAGACACGUUAUCAGUCCCUAUUUCUGGAGGGAUUACUUUGAAUUGAGCCAUCUAAAAGACUGCAAGGUCUUGCCCUUUUUUUUUUUUUUUAAACAAAACUGUUCUGUUUAAUCCAUGAAAUUGUACAGUUGAGCAUUACCUUUCUACAUUCCAGAAGAGCUUUUAUUUCCGUCUCUCUCUCUCCUCCCUCCCCUACCCCUGAGCUGUAACAAAGCCUCUUUAAAUUGGUGUACCCUUUUGAAGCAGUCCUUUCUCAUAUUGAGAUGUACUGUGAUUUUACUGAGGUUUCAUCACAAGAAGGGAGUGUUUCUUGUGCCGUUGACCAUGUAGUUUGUAUCGUCACUAACUGCUGGGAACAGCACACAUGCACCACGUCAAAGGCUGAUCAAACAGGUAGAAUCUCAAGCAUGAAUGAAAUCUCUCAGCCUCUGUGCUGUGUGAUUUAGAAUCAAAAGCAAUGAAAAUUGUUAAAGGAUAGCAGGAUUUUUUCCCCAUCUCAGACUGUAUGAAUAAUGUGAUCUGGUCUUACGCAGAUUUUCUAUUUCUGAAACUAUUAUGAGAUACAAGUGCUGUUCCGCAUAGACAAAAUGCUGCUGCUUUGACAGUAAGGAUAAGAAAGUAUUCUGUUGAGCUGUAUGUGCUCUCAAUUGCAUGUUAAAACACUGGAAUUUUCUCUUGAAAUUAGAUCAAUGAUUUUUUUCUUUCCUCAAGAUAUUUCACUGCUGACACUGAAGAAGAAAUGUAAUUCAUAACUUGCACUAAAUGUAUAAUUCUUUUCUUAAAAAUUUACCAUUCUUAUUUAUAUUUUUAUGGAUUAAAAUUUAUAAAAUACAGAUCAGUUAAUAUCGCACUUGAAUAACUUUACCUUUUUAAUGUGAUUUUUAUAGACUAAUUCAGAAUUACAAAUAUGGAGAUAUGAACAAAGUUUACAAUGGGAGUAAGGGUUUAAGAGGUUGUGAUUAUUUCUCUAUGAUCCAAUGUUGUACAUAAAGUGUUUUCUGAUCUUUCACUAUCAUCCCCUGAUUUAUGUCUUCUGAUCUCAUUUUGACCCAUUAACUGGAACGUGUAAACACUACAGGUUACUACUGUGUAGGUUAAAACCAAAAGCUAAGCAAUGUUAACCAUUUUUUUUAAAUCAGCUACCAAAAAAUUGAAAGCAUAGAAUUGCAACGAUAGCAGUUAGGUUUUAAUUUCAGGGUAACCUUUAAGUCUUGAGAUAGGUCCCAUCCAUAUUUGAAGUGUUCCUCAAUGCUUUGAAUAUGAACAGAGCAUGUACUGUGCUGGAUGAGUUACAGUGUACUGGCAUUUACUUGGGAUUUUUGGGGUUUUUUUUGAAAUGUCUGUUUCAGUCAUGUUCUAAAGUCAUUGUUGGUAAAGGCAGUUUAUUCUAAGGACUUGCCUAAAUAGUCUAAGAGAAUGCAUUUUGGAUAGCAAAAUGACUUUUUGCAGAAAUUUUCUGAAAAGCAAUUGGUAAUGAGCCAUGGUUCUUCACUUCCUGGUUCUUCAUAAUACACUUGGAAAUCUGUAAAAUCACAUAAGAUCUGUAAUAUUGUGAAGAUUUAGGAGAUCAUAAAGCCAUAGUAACAUAGUAGUUGAAAGCUUGGCAAAAUUUAGAAGUUUGACGUAUCAUUUUUAUCAUGCUGUCUGCCUAAAAUGAAAGCUUUGCCCUUGUAACUCACUCCCUUUGGCUGUCUUUGUAGCCUUUCAAAGUAAUUUUGGUCCUCCAAGUGAAAUCAUUGCUGCAUGGCAGUUUUUUGCCUGUCUUAAAACGUUUUUGCAGUCUGUGAGCACUGUGGGGGUCUGCACGCCUCAGUGUGGCCAAGGGAUAGCUUGAGGCUUGUGCCGAGUUGCAGGCUUUCUGAGGACAAACCGGUUUCUUUACAAAUAGCUUCACCAGUUAACCUGCACAUGGACUUCAUUUUCCACGUCUCCGCUUAUUGAUUUUAGGUCCUGCUUUCAUUACCAUCUUGGUUCAGAGAUUGACAUUUCAGGAUGUAUAUUAAAAGUGAUCUCUAGCCCUUGUGUGUCUAAAUGCCCAAAAUACAGGAAAAAAGUGCUGCAUUUUCAACACAUUCAGUAGUUUUUCUUUGAUGUUACUAGCUAUUCCAUUUUCCUUUUUGAAACAGUGGAGUGUGUCUGCUUUUCAGCCAAAUGAUGAAGUAACGGAGACCAUGAAAUACAUGUGCCUGAAUAAUUGGCAAACUGAUUGACCAACAUAGGAAUAGCGCCUUAUUUGAGUACCCUUUCUGAGAAGGUAUGAUGAGAAUGGGCAAGGGUGUCAGCAUUUCUUCUUAUUAACAUUGUUUUCAGUUUUGGUUUUUGAAGAAUGCUUAGUUUGUUAUUCUGUGAUGUUGCCUAGAGCUGUAUUUAUCUGUUUUUAUUUAAACUAGUGUAGUAAAGUUGCAUAUCAUUACAGUAAAAAUGAUUACUGUGAUGAGUUCAUCAGAAAAUCUAUUAAAAUCUCUAUGACAAUG